UUGGGCAGGUAUUUAUCCCUUUAUUUAAGUCUAUCCACAUUCUCGUCGGAAAGUAAGUAUGAGUGACAAUCGGAGUCAAAGACGGCGAGUUGGUGAGUCGUCCGAAUCGGAAGAUUCGGGAAUUUACAAUGAGAGGAUUCUUAUCUUGGUGUUUGCCUCAAUGAAUUGGGAUAUUCCUACACUAUGUCGAACAGCCUCGGUAAAUAGGAAACUACGUGCAGUUGCGAGAAGGAUUCUAUGGAGAGAGCUUUGCGUGUAUCGAGCUCCGCAAAUGAUAAAGGCCUUAACGGACGGCGGUAGAAUUGGCGGAGGAUGGCAGGCGAUGGCAAAAUUGAUGUUCUUCUGCAAUGGAUGUCAAUCGACCCGGCAUUUCCAAGUGUGCCGACCGGAAGCGGGUCACUUCGUGAAAACAUCCCGGUUUUCGAAGACAUCCGGUCGGAGUUUUUUGGUGAAGAAAUGUACAAGUGAUUUGCUGUACGUGAGUGAUCCGUGUGAACAUUCAACGGGGAGCGAUGAUUUGGGGCUUUUCAGAGGGGUAUUUUGGGGGUUUAUGAAAUCUAGGACAAGGGCGAGUUUGAUCAGAAGACGAGUGGAGCUUGAAGAAGGAGCCAAGUGUCCAUUCUGUCGUGCUCGGGUUUGGAGUAUGACGGCGGCUCGGCUUAUACCCAAAAGUGCGGCGCGGCGGCUUGGUUCAAUGGAGAGUGGAUUGGAGUACUUUGUAUGUGUUAAUGGGCACUUAUAUGGUGCUUGUUGGCUGGUUCCUUUAUCGUCUGAUGAUGAAGGUGAGAGUGAGGAAGCUGACCGGAGAUUUGACGACGGCGGCGGCGGCUAUUUUCAUCGCGAGAAUCAGAUAGUAAUAAAUGGGUCUCUGAAUUACGGGCUUACUUCUUGAUGUUCAUCAUCCCCAAAGUUACCAAGCAGGAUCAUUUUUGUAGUUCAGCUUGUUGUUAACUUGAGAAUGUGAAAUUUUCUGUGUUGAUGAUAUGAUUUCAAUUAAAGCGUAUGAUCUGUUUUAAGUUUCUAUUCUUAAGAAAA